AAAGUCGCUUCCACUUCCGCAAACCAAGGCGGCCUGGUGGUGCUUCUGGUGAAGUGAGAUCCUGGAGAUUUUCUGUGGCCCUGCACGCUCUUGCUCCUGCUUGCUUCCCAGAGCCCUGCCUUUUCUCAAAGAGAAGAGAACAAUGACCAAGUUACAGGAGGCAGUGACCUUCAGGGACGUGGCUGUGGUCUUCAGUGAGGAGGAGCUGGGGCUGCUGGACGCUGCUCAGAGGAAGCUGUACCACGAUGUGAUGCUGGAGAACUUCAGGAACCUCCUGGCAGUGGGAGGCCAGAGUCCAAAUAAGAUGGAGAUUGUUGACGCAACAGGAUUAAGGUGCCUUUCACUGGGGAAGCUUCUCUGCUGGGGAAUAACAAGCCAUAAUAUCAACAAACUAGCCAGAGCUCCAGAAGCUGUAAUCAACACUCAGGGAAAGUGUUCUCACUCAUUGGAGCAGUGCCACUCCUCCUGCCACAGGGUAUCAGAAGAGCCUCCCCGGGCUUCUGAGGAUGACAGUUCUCCUGAUGAUCUGACAAAUGGCCAUUCCAGCAUUACUGAAAAUCAGGAAUUUCUGUCUGGGAGAGCCCAGGGUUCUUGGAGUAAAAGACGUCUUAGGAAAGGACAGAACCAUCAGAAAAACUGUCUGCAGACUCUGAUAAAAAACAAGCCACAGCUGUUGGCUCAGCAUUCUCCUGUACAUAGUACACAGGAGGACACCAGGCAUAGCUUCAGUAGUGUACCAGUUCAACAAAGCAUUCAUCCAGGAAGAAAGCGCUACAGGUGUCAAGAGUGUGGCAAGGCUUUCAGUCACAGCUCAGCACUUCAGACUCACCAGAGAGUGCACACAGGGGAGAAACCCUACAGGGGCAACAGCUGUGGGAAAAGCUUCGGUCGUAGCUCGGAUCUCAACAUCCACUGCCAAGUGCACACUAGAGAGAAACCUUACACAUGUAAAGUGUGUAAGAAGCGCUUCAUGCAGUGUUCACAUCUCCAGGCUCACAAGAGAAUUCACACAGGAGAGAAGCCAUAUAAGUGUGGCGACUGUGGCAAACGCUUCAGCUGUAUCUCGAACUUUCACAUCCACCAGAGAGUCCACACUAAGAGCAAACUGUCCAAGUGUGAUUAUGGGAAGUCCUUCGGCUUGAGAUGCAACUUCCACAGCCACCAGCGGGUCCACACAGGAGAGAAGCCAUAUAAAUGUGAAGAGUGUGGGAAGGGGUUCAGUUCAGCCUCAAGCUUCCAAAGCCACCAGCGGGUCCACACAGGAGAGAAGCCAUUUGUCUGCAGUGUGUGUGGAAAGGGCUUCAGUCGGAGCUCAUACCUUCAGACUCAUCAGAGAGUGCACACAGGGGACAAGCCCUAUCAGUGCGACAGCUGUGGGAAGGGCUUCACACAGAAGUCACACCUCCAGGCCCACGAGAGAAUUCACACAGAUCAGAAGCCAUAUAAGUGUGGAGACUGUGGCAAACGCUUCAGCUGCAGCUCAAACCUUCACACCCACCAGAGAGUCCACACAGGAGAGAAACCCUAUAAAUGUGAGGAGUGUGGGAAAGGGUUCAGUCUUGUCUCUGGGCUACAGGCUCAUCAAAGAGUCGAAACUGGCAAGAAGCCAUUCAAAUGCAAUGCAUGCCAGAAGCGAUUCAGUCAGGCCUGGAACCUCCAUGCCCACCAGAGGGUGCACACAGGGGAGAAGCCCUACAAAUGUGACACGUGUGGGAAAGCCUUUGGCCAGAGGUCUGGUCUCCAAAUCCAUCAGAGAAUUCACACUGGGGAGAAGCCGUUCAAGUGUGAGGAGUGUGGGAAGGAAUUCAGCUUGAAUUCUGGGCUUAUUGCUCACCGGAGAGUCCACACAGGAGAGAAACCCUAUGAGUGCCAGGACUGUGGGAAAGGCUUCAGUCUUGCCUCAAGUCUACGGACUCAUCAGAGAGUUCACACUGGUGAGAAGCCCUUCCAAUGCAAUGAGUGCCAGAAGCGGUUCAGUCAGGUCUCACACCUCCAGUCCCACCAGAGAGUGCACACUGGGGAGAAGCCCUACAAAUGUGACCGGUGUGGGAAAGCUUUCAGCCAGAAGUCUGGGCUCCAAGUCCAUAAGAGAAUUCACACUGGGGAGAAGCCGUUCAAGUGUGAGGAGUGUGGGAAGGAAUUCAUCUGGAGCUCAGGGCUUAGUGCUCACCGGAAGGUUCACACAGGAGAGAAAGCCUACAGACGUCGUCAGCAGUAUGGGAAGGGCCUCAUCAGGCCUCACACUUCCGAUUAACAGUCUGUUUCAGUGUAAACAUAGCAGGAGCAUUAUAUCAACCCUGUAAGAAAAUAAUUGGAAACAAAAUAUAAGUUAGCUAUUAUACAAUGAGAAAAACCAUUAUGACACAUGGCGAAUUAUAUAGUCAAAUAGCAUUCUGAUAGGAAAUGAUACAUGUAUAUUUAUAUUUAACAAUUUUAUAUACCCUGGAUAUAGAAUUAGAAGUCCAAUCAGAUGCAAUUAGGGACCAUGUUUCCAGUAUCUUCUUUUGAUUCGGUCUCUGGCAUGGUGGAGAGUCUCCAGAUGAUGAUGGCUGAAGUGGUCAUGGAGGAAGUGGCAGGUAUCCAAGUCUCUGUCCAUAGAGAAGACGUGGCACAAUCAAGUGGUCUGGCAUCUAUAGGGUCCUAUAAAUAUAUAAACAGAACUUCUUCUGAAAAAAA